UUCUUCAUGAUCACCCUGUGCACCUACAAUUUACUAAAGAUUUGCAACAAUUAGUAAUAACAAAGGUGCAAGAAUACGUGUAAAUUAAACAAAACUUAUAUAUAAUGGGGACAAAAGAACGUUCCGACGUACUCGGCGAAGUUCUUAAACUAGAUGUGUUAUGGACAAAAAAAUUAGUAACAUUCGUAUUCCAAUAUAUACCAUUUACAAAAUUACGACUGCAUUGCAAAUGUUUGGAGAUAUCAUGCAACGGCAUUGCUUGGUUGGCUGGCUGGUUAGCAUUUAUUUGGAUAGCUGAUAGCAAAUCACUUUAUCAAAUGCAGUUAAAUCUGCUAUUUGGCCUAAUAUUAGAUAUCAUCAUAAUAGCUGUGCUGAAAGCAAUAUUUCGACGUCGGCGACCAGCAGUGUGUUCAGAUAUGCUCACAUUGGGACCUGAUAAAUUUAGUUUUCCUUCUGGUCAUGCGUCCAGGUCGGCGUUUAUAUUCAUGUUUUUCACCGUGCUAAAUCCAGUUUCAGAGAUAUUAUGGAUGCCCUUAUUUUCGUGGACACUAAGUGUGUGUUUGUCAAGAAUUUUACUCAGCCGGCAUUAUAUAUUAGAUGUACUUGGCGGUAUGGGUUUGGGUAUUGUUGAAGCGCUUAUUGUUGGUCUCCUGUGGAUUGGUGAAAAUGCUGCAUCAAGUAUCAUUAAUUAUGUCACCAAUGAUUAUUUGCCAGGUGGAGAAGAGUAAAAGUUAUUAAUUUUUUUAUAUUGCAUUAAAAACUUGCAAACUUGUUAAGCAAAAUGUUAGCCAAAACAACAAACUAAGCAUACGAAUAUAAAGUUUAGUCUGUGCAAUGGGAGAAAAGACACAACAGUUUUGUGAUAAAUACUAUGCUAACACCUAAGAUUUUGUAUUGUAUUAAUAAAAUAAAUAUUUUAAAAAUUAAAAAA